GAUCUUUCAAAUGGGACAAAAACUUGGACAAUAAACACAGACCAAAGAAAUUUUAAGUUUUCAUUUCAACGUUCAGAACAAAGCAUUUGUCAAGUAAAUGCUGAUUAAAAUCGAGAACCAAGAUAUAUAUCAAAUCAUAAAUGUUUCGGUGCCUUCUUUCGUUGAUUUUUUUCUCUUUAAUAUUUUCUGUCGGAUCGAUUUCAUUUCGUAUGCAAAAUGUGAGUUAACCGUUUUAAUGACCUUUGAAAUUCAACAUUGAACUGACCACAAUUUUUCAGAGUUCGGAAACCCGUAUAAUCAAAACAAACUUGUCUGUCUUGAAAAAGAAUACUUUUUUGCGCAGCAUAUAAAAGAUUUGGAUUCUCCUUUUCUGACACAAUUCUCUUGAGUACAGUGUACAGUCAAGUAGUUACAAAAUGUGGAAAUUGAGCGCAGCGCUCUGUUUGUUAUCAGCUUUAGCUGUAGUGCCAAUUAAUAAUAAUGGUUCAAAUACAAAAGUGUUUCAUUUCACAAGAAUUCAGGAUGAAAGCAGUGGCUUCAAUUUUGAAUACACAUUGGCUAAUGGUGGGAAAUUCAUUGGCAAAGCGACUCCUUUGCAUAGUCUUUCAUUGAAUAUCUACGUGAUGAUGGGCGCCGAUGACUCAUUCUACUGGAUUAACUUUUCGGAAGAUGAUCUCAAAAAAGAUUCUUUUGAUAAAAUUGUGAACUAUGUUCAACUUGACCGAGAAAAUGAAGUACUGGCUCGUUUGACGGAUGACUUCGUUUCUUAUCAUAUUCACAAGGAUGGCAAAGUGUAUGGAGGACCGUAUAUGACAUAUUGGAAUGUGAAUAACGUUGCCUUUCAACUGGCUGAUGUUAAGGAAAAAACAUUUAAUUAUGUAUUUUUUUCGACAAAUAAUGGAAGACAAUACAAAGGCAGAACAUCAUACACCGAUGAUCCCCACGUUCAAACGGUUUACGUACCAGAUUAUCAUGAAUGUUUCUUAUUCCAAGCUACUUUCACUGACGAUGAACUCAACUUAACUCAAACAAUCUACAAACAAUUAGAUCAAAGCACUGUAUGUGCGCCUCCACAAGCAGAAUAUGUUCCGGAUGCUCCAAUGGAAAUCGAUCCAAAUCUCCUCAAAAGCCUGGCUGGCUAGAUUACGCCACUAGCUAGAUUGAUUUCCUUUUCGAAAUCAAGCUACUACUGAAAAGAAUUUUUUUUCCAAUUUUGUCAUACGAUUUUUUAAAGCAAACAUUUAUUUUGAAAUGAAUUUUUGAAUUUUUAUUUUGCAUUUUAAUAUUUUCAAAAUUGAUAUACUCAAAGGUGACCCAUUUUAUAGUUGAAGAGUGUAAUUAAGCAAACCAUAUUCUUAACCAUUUCUUAACCUUCACUACAUACAUCUCAAACUAUAUCUUCGACCUAUAUUCGUUGAAAUAAAUAUCGGAUUAAAAAAAUGUGCAUGCAUUCUAUGAUGACACAAAUUGUGGUAAUUUCAUAAAGGAUAACUAUUUCAGACAAUAGGCAUAUAAAACAUAGAUAAUGAUGAUCUGCAAUUUCAUAAAUUUCUUCUGCGUAUUGACAUGCAUAACACUUAAUUUCCGCCUAUAGAACUAAUCAGAUGUUUGGAUUAAAUUUUCAUUUAGUAAAUAUGUUUUAUUUACUUUUUCGACAUUGCCACAAGAUUAUUUCAGAGAAUGUUGUUUACGAUUUGUUGAUGUUAAUCGAGAUGAACUCAGGGCAGAGGAAAGUGAAGAGUUGAUUGAAAUCUAUUAUGUAAAAUCAUGUGAGCCUUCUAUUUUUAUAGGAAAAGUUAAAAGUAAACAUUUUUUCCUAUUUAAAAAAAAAAGAAGUUCGCCGUGCCACAAACAUAGUUCUCAACGACCAAAAAUGGAAGACAUACCUACCAAUGUCUUGUUCAUAUUAAAUGAAAAUAAAAAGUGUUUCGCAAAAUUUUUGUCUGAAUUUUAUUUAUAAGGUCUGAAUCUUGGAUUUACUUUGUGUGAUAUGAUAUUCUCUUUUGUGAAGCAGGAGGCAUACGUUAUUUCAAGUUGAAUUGCUUCAAAACAUGAGAAGUCCCAAUAUUCACAGUCACAUUUCAUGCAUUUCUCCUUUAUGGUAAUAUAGUACAAGUAGUCUGUUUUGGCGAGCAAUUCGAUAUGAAAAAUUGUUGAUUGUUUACAAAGUGAAGAGGAAAAAAAUAGAAUCUCGCGAUUCGGGUAAUUUUUCUCACAGGCAUCUCUGUACACACAAUAAUUGAAAUUAUAGAAUGCUGACAUUUUGUUAUUAAAGAGAAGAAUGUGUGAAACACUUGCGAACAUCAUUUUUAUGGAGUGAACUUUUGCGAUUCAAGAGUGAAGUGUAAGGAAAUUUCCACCACACUUGUUCCAAUCAUAAAAUAAUUCAGUCAUGUUAAUUUUUUUUUAAUAUUCAUUAUUUCGUAAUUGUAUUCCAUUUGCAUCAUCACCAAAAUUUGUUUAUGAAUAAUUUUGUUGAACACACUUGCGGAACUCAUUCCAGAAAGCUUUUAAAUUAAACGAAUUUUUCCAUUUUACCACACUGUCCAAUUUAUUUUGCAAAGUACCCACCCAAACGGAAUUUCAUUUGAAAAGAAACAUUUAAUUCAGAAUUCAAAAUGAAUAGAAAAUCAAUUUUUCUAUUCGCUUGUCUCAUAUUAACGCUACACGUUGUCAACGGAGGAUUUUUGGACGGCAUCAAGAGAUUGUUCGGGAAUUUGAAAUGUGCAUAUGGAAUUAGCCAAGAAUAUACAGAUGAUCCUCCCACUAGUGGAAAUGAGACGAGUAAAAGUGUUCCAUUGCCUGAUUGGAGUGUCAAUGCGAAAGUCGGUGAUCACUUGUGGCAGGCAACAUCAGAUUCGGGUGAUAUUUGUGAUGUCGGCAAAAAAGAAUGCUCGAAACGGGGACCGCGCAUGAAGUGUUCGGCAUGUAAAAUGGUGGCUCAUACCAGUUGCAUGCCGAUUAUUACGAAACGACAACAAUUGUCAUGCAAACCAUCGUUCAUAGACGAAAGCACUCUGAAAAUGCAAAAAAAGUCAAUUAUUGAUUGGCCAUUACAUAAUCCCCAUCAUUGGAUGUACCAUCAAAUGGAAAAGGGAGAAUACAGACAGUGUGAAAAAUGUCAAAAGUUGAUUGAAGCGAAUUCAUUCAGUUUGAAGAAAGUUGUUGCAGUAUCAUGUCCCUGGUGCAAGUUAUCAUUUCAUAAUAAGGAAUCAUGUUUUAAUUCACAUCAAAUUGGCGACCGGUGUACGUUUGGUCAGCACUCUAAAAUCAUUGUGCCGCCAUCAUGGAUAGUAAAACAGAAGAAAUACAAACCGUUUGUGAUUAAGCCCAUUCCCAUGACAGAACACGCACCUUUGCUAGUUUUUAUCAAUCCAAAGAGUGGUGGGAAUAUGGGUGGCGAACUUUUGGAAAAGUUUCAAUGGCUAUUGAACCCACGCCAAGUAUUUUACUUGACACGAGAAAAUGGACCGCGGAUGGGAUUAGAAUUAUUUCGAGACGUGCCAAAUCUGAGAAUUUUAGCAUGCGGAGGAGAUGGUACUGCUGGAUGGAUUUUUUCGGAGUUAGAUCGUAUGCAAUUCACAAAGCCCCCAGCUGUUGGAGUGUUGCCAUUGGGCACUGGCAACGAUUUAGCACGCUCUUUCGGAUGGGGUGGCGGUUAUGAUAAUGAACCAAUUUCAACAAUUCUCAAGAGUAUUAGCGACUCGAAUCCCGUAUUGCUGGAUCGAUGGAGUUUAAAAGUCACACCGAAUCUGAAAGCAAAAUAUGACGAGGAUGGAAAGGACGACUUGCCUCAGCAUUCAAAGGUUGUGAACAAUUAUUUCUCAUUUGGAAUCGAUGCCCAUAUUGCGCUCAAAUUCCAUGAAGCACGUGAAAAUCACCCGGACGUAUUCAAUUCACCGUUGGUGAAUAAAUUGUAUUAUGGCCAGGCUGGCGGAAAGGAUUUGCUGGUAGCCAAAUGGGAGCAUCUUUCUGAAAUAGUAACUCUUGAAUGUAAUGGAACGGACAUAACACCGGAACUGAAGAAGCAUCGCGUUCACGCGGUUUUGUUCUUGAACAUUCCAUUCUAUGGUGGCGGCACUCGUCCUUGGGCUAGCCCAGGCAAGAAACAAGCUACCGACGAUGGUCUGAUCGAAGUCAUCGGUUUGACCUCGUAUCAAUUGCCACUGCUGCAGGUUGGUCGACCAGGUACAUGCAUCGCACAAUGUAAAACAGCGAAAAUUAUUACGUCACAAACAAUCCCGAUGCAGGUAGAUGGUGAAGCAACCAAGCUGAGACCAUCGAUCAUUGAAUUGAGCCUACUCAACAAAGCGUCGAUGUUAGCGAAAAAGUUAUAAGCGAAACUUUAAUCGAAAAAUAAAAACGAGAAACUUCAUAGUGUCUUAUUAAUCGCAAAUCAAUGUGUAAGAAGACACAGUUCAUUGAUUUACUAUUAAUAAGACGAUGUUCAGUUUUCUCCCUUUUAUAAUACAGUGUUGAUUGAUUUCAUGAAUUCAAUGUAUUCCAAUGAAAUAAUUAAAAACUAUUUGAAAAAAGAUCCUGGUAGAGUUAAUUUAUUAUGAAUAACCACCAUCAUCGCAACUAGAAAUCAAGGAACACUUAUCUGAUUCAAGCAGAGAAACAAUUAGCUGAAAAGUAUUUUCUAUUCCUAGAUUUUUU